ACGUGGUGUGGCCGUAACUCUCACGCCAGAUAAAUAUAGCUUAAAUAAAUACACGGGGGAACCUCCUCGAGCUGAACAACCAGCAACUUUCAACUACUAGUUUUACUGUACUAUUGUUUUAUGCCGGUGAAAGUAUGGCGGAUAUCGGAAUACUGACAGAUUAUAGCAGUUCUUCGAAGAAAGUUACUGCCAUUGCUGCCGGAGAAGCUCAUACUCUUGCUCUUACAGAAGAGGGUUCUGUAUUUUCAUGGGGGAGAGGAACAUUUGGUCGAUUAGGUACAGGGAAAGAACAAGAUGAGGUAAUUCCGGUGCGAGUGGAAUUUGAUUCUUCAGAAAAGAAUAGAAUUUCUAACGAGAAUUUCGAUGGUAAGAAGACAAAAAUUAUGCAAAUUGCAGCUGGGGCUUACCAUAGUCUUGCAUUAGAAGACGAUGGAUCAGUGUGGUGCUGGGGCUAUAAUAUUCAUGGUCAGCUGGGUCUCAACGUGGACAACUCCUUAGUCCCAUGUUUUAUGGAGAAAUUUCUCGCGUUGGUAUCUCCUCAUCCAUUGACAGCAAAUGAACCAGAUGUGGAAAAAAAGGAACCUCUGAAGGUUUGUUCUAUCAAAGCAGGAGGCAUGAUGUCGCUGGCAAUUGAUAACUUAGGGGGGCUUUGGAUGUGGGGAAACUGCCCUCUUCUGAGCCACAGCAGUAACGUGGAGUUCUCUCUCGUUAGCAGUCCUACUCCUUUACCUGUUUGGCAUUUCCAUGGUCAUACUGUUUCAAAGGUGGCAUGUGGAAAUGAGCAUGUCGUUGCUCUAGUGAGCGCAGGAGAAACUUUUACAGGAGAAAAUCUUGUAUGCUACUCAUGGGGGAACAACAACCAUGGCCAGCUGGGUCUUGGAGAUAACGAAAGUAGGUUCCACCCAGAUAUUAUUGAGACUUUUGAUCAUAAAGCUCCUUGGUCAGUUUAUGAUGUGGCAUGUGGGGCCUGUCAUACGGCGGUUCUAACUCGUCGGAAGGUAAGUGGCGAUGUGGUUUUGUCCUCCAGUACUGAUUCUGCAGGAUUGGAAGAGAGAGAAACUAUUUGUUGGACAUUCGGUCUUGGAGAAAAUGGACAACUUGGACAUGGAACCUCCAAUAGCACCUACUCACCUAAGCCUGUAGCAGAACUGCCACUAGAUACUUUCCUGAUUUCCGUUGACUGUGGUUUAUUUCACACAUGUGCUGUUUCUUCGCUUGGAGAUGUUUGGUCUUGGGGAAUGGAGAGGGGACUCGGCUUAUGCCCAGAUGCUAGUUUUGCAGGGAGUGAUAUUACUGGGGAUGCUGUCCUUCCAUUGAGGAUUGACUGUAAUGAGUUAUAUGGACCGGGAUUCACUGGAUCCAUUCAAGUUGCAUGUGGUGCUGCUCAUACUGUUCUAGUCGCUGACAAUGGUCAUAAGCUUUGGGCUUGGGGUAGGGGUCGAAGCGGUGUUCUUGGGAAAGGCAACACAAUUGAUAGCUAUAUUCCUUGUGUCGUGAUGUGGCCUCCCCUAGAUGAGGACUUCCAAGAGGGUCAAGCAAACGCUGAUGGAAAACCCAAGGUUGAAACCAUGACACCAGGAAAAGUGGUUGAAAUGGAGCCAAAGUCAUCUGUGGCAAUGGAAGAGGUGGAGCUUCUGAAGUCGAAAUUAACUCUAAUGGAACAUUACGCUGCGAUUUUACACGGUUCUGUCUUUGGAAAACCAUUUGAGGAACGUGACUUACCACUAUCACUAAAGGAAUCGGGUGUAUUUAACAUUGCUAAAGAGUGGGAGAAUAUGUUGGAAUCAGCUGAUACUGUGAAGCUCAAACGGUUGGAAAUGUUUUACCGUGACAUGCUAGGCAGUGUGAAGGAUCAGUUGUUAAAGAGAAGAAUUCAGGAACUGAUUACAGAAUCCCUGCAUUCUUCAUCAACAAAGAAUACCUCAUUUCCCAUGUAAUUUCACAGGCACAAUCUGAUUUAUACAGGUUCGUCUUUUGUUCAUGCAUACUUGUAGAAUUUAUCUCACAUUUUUUUUCGUAGUUAUAUGUCAUCAUAGUUUUCACAGUAUGCAAUAAGACAAUAAACUGGAUAAGGUGCAGUCGAGGUAAGAGCUCAGGAGACGAGUUCAACUCCCUGUGAUCUUCUUGUAUUCUGUAAAUCGUGAGGUUUUGUAUAUUACUAGAACUUAUAGCAUAAUAUUGUUUCAUAGUUUCAUGUCAAUAUACAUUUCUUUUUUGCUCAGAAUGUAAAAGUAUCUGUUGUUUUUUA